CGCAAUAACAUCACUGUCGCUUUUUGGGAAGCGUAACUUAUCCUCUCGUCCUAUAUCACGACGAGUCCUUUUCCCUAAAAGUUUUCCUCUCCCCUCUACUCGAUUUUCACACCAUGUUCAAGCUUGCUCGCAGCAAACCGGUCGCUGCAGCUUUCAGAGCUGCGCGGGAGCCCUCUUUCAUUCAGAGUCGAUUGGCCGUGCCGCAAAAGCGAAAUCUCUCCAUCCACGAAUACCUUUCCGCCAACCUUCUCAAGUCGUAUGGCGUCGGUGUUCCCAAGGGCGCAGUUGCUCGCUCCGCAGAGGAGGCCGAGGUUGUUGCCAAGGAGAUUGGCAACGAUGACUUGGUGAUCAAGGCACAGGUCCUUGCCGGUGGUCGUGGUAAGGGUACUUUCGACAAUGGUCUCAAGGGAGGUGUCCGUGUCGUCUACUCUCCUACCGAAGCCAAGAUGUUCGCCGGCCAGAUGAUCGGACAACACCUCGUCACCAAGCAGACUGGUGCCGGUGGCCGUCUUUGCAACGCCGUCUACAUUUGCGAGCGCAAGUUCGCCCGCCGCGAAUUCUACCUUGCUAUCCUCAUGGAUCGUGCUACCCAGAGCCCCGUUAUUGUUUCUUCGUCGCAGGGUGGUAUGGACAUCGAGACUGUCGCCAAGGAGACCCCCGAUGCCAUCAUCACCACUCCUAUCAACAUCCACGUCGGUGUCACUGACGAGAUUGCUCGUACCAUUGCUACCGACCUAGGCUUCUCUGAGCAGUGCAUCGAGGAGGCCAAGACCACCAUUCAGAACCUUUACAAGGUUUUCAUGGAGAAGGAUGCUACCCAGAUCGAGAUCAAUCCCCUGUCCGAGACCUCGGACCACCAGGUUCUCGCCAUGGACGCUAAGCUCGGUUUCGAUGACAACGCCGAGUUCAGACAGAAGGAGGUCUUCUCCUGGAGAGACACCACCCAGGAGGAUGCGGACGAGGUCAAGGCUGCUGAGUUCGGCCUGAACUUCAUCAAGCUUGACGGUGACAUUGGAUGCCUGGUCAACGGUGCCGGCCUUGCCAUGGCCACCAUGGAUAUCAUCAAGCUGAACGGUGGUAGCCCCGCGAACUUCCUCGACGUUGGCGGUGGUGCCACUCCCGCCGCCAUCAAGUCGGCCUUUGAGCUGAUCACCAGCGACCCCAAGGUCACUGCCAUCUUUGUCAACAUUUUCGGCGGUAUUGUCCGCUGUGAUGCCAUCGCCCAGGGUCUGAUCAACGUUGUCCGUGAGAUGAACCUGCGCACUCCCAUUGUUGCUCGUCUCCAGGGUACCAACAUGGAGAAGGCUCACGAGCUGAUUAACGAUUCGGGUCUCAAGAUCUUCUCCAUCGAGGACCUCCAGAGCGCCGCCGAGAAGUCCGUGCAGUUCUCCAAGGUCGUCAAGAUGGCCCGUGAGAUUGACGUUGGCGUUGAGUUCACCCUUGGUAUCUAGGCGGUAUAAGUGGGAAACCACUUUCUUCUUGCUCGUUGAAUCCUUUCGCUGUCGGGGUGUUUCUAUGCCCUAUUUUGGGUAGAUACAAGCAUGGGACUCUUGAUCGUCGAGAGGGGACACAGUAGAAGACUAGUGGGUGCGAUUUAGGAAAGUUGAUCAGCUGAAAUGGCGUUUGCUGAGCGCUAUAAUGGCACUAUAGAAAUUGCUGAUGGUUGGAUACAUGCACUACUGUUAUACUAUUAUUUUUUUCUUUUGUCA